CAGCAAAAUCAAACCCUAAAAACCACUUCACAUAGCACAAGACAGGCGGGAAUUCGAUUUCCGAUCGCUUCGCCCAAACUUCGAUUACAUUCUGCGCUGUUACAGCCUUACAGCUCUCUGGUGCCACGCAUCAUGGAUCCUAAGGUGCAGUCUUCACCACCUGAUACCGAAGACGAAAAAGCGACUUUUCGUAAGUCAUCCAAUGAUGUGGCUAGCAGGAAGUAUCGUCGGCAUUCGAUUGAUAUUAAGUCAUCGGGAGAUCCUGAGAGCCCCAGAAAUGAUCGCACCUCCAGUCCAAUAUUUACUAGGGGUGAGCCUGGUAAAGUUUCUGAACAUCGAGAAAGUAGAAAAGAUGAAGGGAGAAAAUAUGACAGGGAUCAGCGUGUAAAAUCUGGAGAUGCUGAUUCCCGCUCCUCUAAGAAUCCACAUCCUAACUCAAGGCAUGAUGACUAUGGCAGACGCGAUGAAGACAGACGUAGUAAGCCUUCUUACCUUGAUAGGGAUUCUAGGGGUACUUCUCGCUCGGAUCGUAUGAGAGAAGAAAGUGAUAAUGGUAGGUCACGUGAUUACAGAAGGUAUUCUGACAAAUAUUCUCGUGAUAGAGACACUCAGAGAAGUAAGGAUAAAGAGUCAUAUCCUGUACCCGACCGGAAACAAACUAAUUCAACUUCAGAGGACAAAGACUUUCACCGCCACAGGAAUGUCAGAGAUAAUCGAGAUGGGGAAAGGGAUUAUGGGAGAAGCUCUGACUACGGAAAUGAGCGCACAGAUUAUCGUGGCGGAUCUAGAGGACGUGUUAAAGAGUCCCUUCUUUCUAGGAGGGAUGAUGAUAAAUAUCGCGCUAGAGAAUUUCAGAAAGGCAAUCCCAAUGAAGUUGAUGACUGGAGGGAAAAGAAGAAACGUGAUGGUUCUGAACCUGAUAGAGGCGAUGAUGCUUACUCAAGAGCAUCAGGACAGAAUGAAGACAAAUCUCUUUCCAUGACUGAAUCCCAGCAAUCCGAGGCCAAACGAAUGAAGCUCUUCAGUUCAGAUAAGGCCGUUCAUCCUAGUGGAGAUGGUGAAAAGCAGUCCUUGAGCCCUAAGCAGGUGGCAGCAGCUGGUACCGGAAGUAUUUCGGAGGCUACUAAUGACCUGAAUGCAGCCAAGGUUGCUGCCAUGAAAGCUGCUGAACUAGUCAAUCAGAACCUUGUUGGCGGGAGCUUCAUGUCUACUGAUCAGAAGAAGAAAUUGCUGUGGGGGAACAAGAAGAGCACCACCACCUCAGAAGAGCUUCCAACACUUCAGAAGAGGUGGGACACCUCAAUGUUUGGCGAUCGUGAAAGACAAGAAAAGUUCAACAAACUCAUGGGUGUGAAGGGGGAUGCAAAGGCAGAAUCCCAGACCAACAACAACCAAGAGGGUCUCCAGGCCGAAAAGCAGGAGCAGCUCCAGAUGGAGUUAGAGAAGCAGUACACAGCUGGGCUUCGUCGACGAGAUGGCCGCACUGUCGGAUUAGGACUCUGAUGAGCGACUGUGUCCUGUUACCGACACGGACAGAAGCUCUUCUUCUUGGUCACAUGGAUUUUCUCGUGUGAUCCAGCUACUAUUAGUGAGAUAGGACCUCGGGGGUUGUAGCUUGAUGAUGGUUUUCAGGUCCGUAACGAUCAAAUGAUUUGGUACAUAUUGGAUAUGAUAUUCAAGUAGAUUUGGUUUUGAAGUUACGAAUUUUCGUAGCGUUAAAAGAAUAAGAUUGAAUUUAAUCCGAUGUAUGUCACCGCCUAGGUUCGAUGUAUUAGGUGAUGCUAGAAAGCAACGGCUGUGGUGGGAAAAGACGUGGGAGGGCGGAGGAUUCAUUGUCCAUGGCCCUAGUGGCCAACAACUAUAAAAUUUAAAAUCUUGUGGAUCUUGCUAAUCGAGCCCAUGCAAUAUUUGUAGUGGACUUUUCUUUUUUAUGACUAAUGUCUAAGUUUUUAUUAUUAUUUAAGUCGAUUUUUCGUUUAAUAUAUUUUUGUAAUAAUUUUUAAUGGGUG